AUGCAAGAUGAAGCGGCCUCCAUGAAAUCUUCGCAGGCUUCAACAGCUGGUGGUACCACGCUGGUGGCAGAGCGAGACCCGUCGCCAGUCGAAAAGACCAUCGUCCAACCGUCCCCGCGCCGACGCGGAGGCAUUGCCUGUCGCCGCUGCCGGCGCUUGAGGACCAAGUGCGUCAAUGAGAACGGCGCGAGCCCAUGCGAAGGCUGCCGAACGGCGGGGUCUGCGGUUGCAGCGCAGUGCACGUUUCUUCGGAAGGGUGAGAGAGACAUGGACCGUGACUUCCGACGACGCCCGCUGCCCUCGUCUCAGCAGAAGCUGCCGCAGCCAGGGGAUUCGGCGGUAGCGGUGAGCGAGGCUGGCUCAGAACUCAGCCAUGGAAAGCAAAGCAUGGAGUUCGAUGGAGAGCAGCCUGCUCAGCAGACUCGCCUGUCAUCUGUGCCUCCCAGCGAUACUGCCGCCGCGAUCUCUGAAGGGGUGUUGCCACCAUUGGAAGAGAUGCUGGAUGGCUGUCGCACCUUCAUGACCUACUACUUCCAGUUGGGCUUCACGCCAAAGGCCAUCUUCAUCGAGAAUCUCAACCGCAAUCCUUCCUCCGUCAGUCCAUUUCUCAUCAGCUGCAUCCUGAGCAUCUCAGCGCGCUUCUGCCCGGCUCUGGUGCGCCGCUAUGGCAGCGCCGCUGGCGCAACGGAUCACUUCCUCGCCGCUGCGCGAGGCUGGGCUGCCACCGAGAUGUACAGGCCUUCCCUUGAGCGCACCCAAGCGUUCUUCCUACUGGCGAUCUCCGAGUGGGGGAAUGGUGACAAGGAUCGCAGCUCCAUGGAUAUGGGAGUCGCGGUGCGCAUGGCCUCUCUGCUCAAGCUCCACCGCGAGGAGACGUACCAACUUCCCGCAGGUGCGUCUGCAGAGCAGAUUGUCCGCGCAGAAUCCGCUCGGCGGACGUUCUGGAUGAUCCAGAGCCAGGAAAACCUGCACUCUGGAUACAGCACCCCUGCCCCUUUCGCCCUCGACGACAUCACUGCCCUGCUCCCCUGUGAUGAGUCGGAUUUCGCCUUCGGGAUCGUGCCUGCGCACCGGGCCGCCCUCGCUGGCACUCCACCGGCCACAGCCAACCCGCGACUCACCGAUGCGCCUGACCGUUGCAUGUUCGCGACCCUCGUCCAGGCACACACCCUGUGGGGGCAAGUGGCACGUCGUGCGUGCCGGCCGGACCCCAAGGCCAUCGAACACAUGAGCGGCACCGAGGGGAGCAUGACACCCUUGCCGCCAUGGAACCCCGCGAGCGAGUACGCCGCAACUGCGCGAGAGUUGAGAGAGUUCGAAGACAAGAUGCCGGCCCGGCAGGCCUGGUCGGUCUGGAACCUCCGCGGCUGGCGCGCAGACUCGCUGCACCUGGCCUACCUCGCCGUCACGCCCGUCCUGAGGCUCAGCAACAUAGUCCUGCGGCGCAUCUACCUGGAAGACAUCAUGGCCGCCGUGGAAGACACCACCACCCCCACCAGUAUCAAGCAGCAGCGGCAAGACUCGGCACCCACCACCGACGCACCGCCCGAGGGCUUCUGGGCGCGCAUGUCGGACGAGCUCUUCGCCAACGUGCGCGAGCUGCACGAGCAGAUCGACGCCUACUUCUCCAUGCGCACCAAGGGCGAAGGGUUCCCCGCCAUCCUCGUCUUUUGCGUCUACAUCUGCGGCUCCCUGGCGUCGUACCUGUGGAAGAACCCGGCGCUGUGCCCGGCGCAGGCCGACGGCGCCGAGGAGAUGGCCAUGACGGCGCUGCAGGUGCUGGGCGAGCUGCACGGCGCGUGGCCCACGUCGGCGCGGUGGAGGCAGGGCCUGCAGCAGAUUGCCUCUGCGCAGCCUGCCGCUGCUCCUGGUACUCCCGGCGCGGGUUCGACGAGUCCCGCGUCUGGGGUUCCGGGGACGGGUAGGGCUGGUAGUGCUGCCGCUGCUGCUGCUGCUGGCACGCCGCGCGAGAGCCUGACGAGCUGGGAGGGCAUGUCUGGCCCGGCUAGUAGCCGGGGGGGCGUGGUCACGAGCGGCACGCUGGAGUCGUCUGGAAAGGAGGCCGGGUUCGAUGUCGCUGGGGUGCAGAUGGAGACGUUUCCGAGCGAGCUGUUCGAUGCCGAGUUGGCGGCGAUCUUGUCUGGAGACCUCAACUAUGGGUUUUUGGAUGACCUGCAGCAGCAGUGA